UCUGACCACAUUAUUUACCAGAGUUUUAAAGCCGUGUGAGCGGACAGUGAGAGAAGAAAGACAGCGAGGCCGAUAUUUCAGACUAUUCCUGGAACUGAAGAAGGAUGUCCUCCCAAGUCCGCCUGAGUCUGCUGCCGAGAGCCAGGUGCAUGUUUGACGAGCCCGUCCAGGUGAAGGUGGCCGGGCUGAGGUCGAGGCAGGUGGUCACCCUGAGAGCCAGAUCCACUGACGAGAAGGGAGUCGUGUUCAGCUCCUCGGCCACCGUCAGGGCCGAUGGGAGCGGGCGGAUCGACCUGGAGAGGGACCCCUCCCUCGGGGGGACCUACACCGGCGUCGAACCCAUGGGUCUGCUUUGGUCCAUGAGGCCGGACGCUUUGCACAAGAGGUUUCAAAGAACCAAGUCUCUAAACCCCCACGUGGUGAAGUUCUCUGUGCACGAGGAGGAGGGCGGGAUGCUGGCAGAGGCGACCAAUGAGAGGCUCCUGAUCGGAGAUGGGGUCAUCCGGCGCCCAAUCAAAGAGGGGAAUAUUCGUGGGGUCGUCUUCACUCCGCCAGGAGAAGGUCCGUUCCCCGCAGUGUUGGAUCUCUAUACCUUCGGUGGAGGUUUGUCAGGAAAGAAGGUUCUCAACGACCCCCGUGCAGAGGAGAACGAGGCCACCCUGAUUCCUGUGGAACGGGCAGAGGGACGUCUCCUCUUUGCGGCCUCCGAGGACGACCUCAACUGGGACAGCAAGGCUUACGUGGACAUGAUGGUGGAGCGACUGCAGCGCCACGGGAAGGACAACUUUGAGAGUGUGUGUUACCCCGGAGCGGGGCACUACCUAGAGCCGCCUUACGGACCCUACUGCCCCUCCAGUUUACAUGGGGUUGCAGGCAGGGUGGUCCUGUGGGGGGGCGAGGCCAGGUCCCACGCUGCUGCUGAGGUCCACCUGUGGAAGAAGAUCCAGGAGUUCUUCAGGACUCACCUGAGCUGUGACACCACGCAGACUAAAGCUAAACUCUAGAUGUAAAUAUCCUGAUGUGAGAGACAUGGGUAACAGCUGAGAGGGGGGGGGGGGGGUUACAACUGUCCUAUCAGAGAAAGUGAAAAUAAUAAAACUACAGAAAUACAAACAUACAGCAUUGUUACAUGUUAUGUUUUUAUCAAAAACACAAAGCAGUCUCUCUCUUUUGCCUCUUUCCAACACUCAAAUGGUUACAUUACACUGUUAAUUUGGCAGAGUCAUAUUUAGGGGUUUUAAUCAACUUCAUAUAAGCUAAAUAUAUCAGAAAAAGGUGGUUCUUUACUAGUUAACAAAAAUAAACUCUAAACAACUCCAACCGGGAGCGAGCAAAAUCCACAAAAACAGUUCGUCUCAACUAACAAAAUGCAGGAAAUUGUCACGUGAGACACACACGAGGGGAAGAAUAAUGACGCUGG